AUGAGUCUUAAUAAUGUACCAGAUCCGACACAUGAUGAAUUAUCGAAAAUUGGAUUAGCUUUGCAAAAACUCUGGGAAUUGGAUCGAAAUAGAUUAGAACCUGGUGUUGAUCGGGUGGAUAUUAAAAAUCAUGAAUAUGGCACUGUUCAUGAAAUAGACGAACAUCAUGCGUCAAAACCUUUAUUUAACCAUGUGGAUAGGAAAGUUAAUAAUAUACCAACUUAUAAAUUUUUUUACGCGCUACUUGAUAAUUACAUUCCUCAAACUGGAAUUCCUGAAGUUGUUGAUGAUCAUGAAUUAAAAGAGAAUAUUCGAUUUAUAAAGGCAUGUUUAGAAACUGGUCCAAUGCUUUAUGCAUUUAAGUAUCUCAAAUCGAAAGGGGCUGUGAAAGGAACUAUCGAAGAUUUUGAAAAAGAACUUCAUAAAAUAUGGUUUCAUAUGUACAGAAGAGAAGGGUAUGGUGAAGAUUCUAGCGCUUUUGAGCAUGUUUUUUUGGGUGAGGUUAGAAACGGUGAAGCAAAAGCAUUUCAUAAUUGGAUUACAUUUUACUUCUAUGAAAAAGUUGGUAGAAUGUCUUUUGAAUCUCUUAUCCCGUUAAAGGAAGGACAUCAUAAACACGUUAAUCCUAGUGGAAAUGAACACGUAAUCCUCUUACGAUUCUCUUUCGAAGGUGCUAAAAAACCUUUCUCCACAUCAUUCAUCGGUACUUCGCCUGAAUUUGAAUUAGCAAUGUAUACCAUGCUUUUUCUGCUUAAUCAUUCAAAUACUCAUGUAGUAUUGGAUGAUGCCAAUUUGAAUAUUAAAAUUUAUCCUUUCAAUCAAAAUAAUAUUAAAUUUAUUGGACAAGUCUUAAGACCAGAACUGGACCAGACUGAACCAGACCGAACUGUUAAACAUAUACAACAGUUCGGAACACUAGUUUGGGAUCGAGAAAAAUAA